CCCAUCCUCUCCGGGCCGUGCCUUGGACUGGUGUGAUUGGAGGGAAACCCCGUGGACUGCAUUCAGACAAUCGGGCUGAGAGAAUCAGCUGUAGCUUGGUACGCCGACAUCACUGCAAUCUGCCAGUACUCAGUGAGCAGUCAUGAGCGAGGCACCCCAGAAGGAACUGGUGCAGAAGGCCAAGCUGGCCGAGCAGGCUGAGCGUUAUGAUGACAUGGCUGCUGCAAUGAAGGCUGUUACAGAGGAUAGUGAGCAGCUGUCAAAUGAGGAGCGUAACCUCCUGUCAGUGGCUUACAAGAAUGUGGUGGGUGCCCGCCGCUCCUCGUGGCGUGUGGUGUCCAGCAUCGAGCAGAAAGCUGAGGGCAGUGAAAGGAAGCAGACCAUGGCCAAAGAGUACCGGGAAAAGAUUGAGAAAGAGCUGAAAGAUAUCUGCCAGGACGUGCUGGGUCUCUUGAACACGUAUCUCAUUCCCAAAGCCACUGCAGCAGAGAGCAAAGUCUUCUAUUUGAAAAUGAAAGGAGAUUACUACCGCUACUUGGCUGAGGUGGCUACAGGAGAAGAGAAGACAUCCAUCAUUAAAGACUCGCAGGCUGCCUAUCAAAAAGCUUUUGAUAUCAGCAAAGAAGAAAUGCAGCCAACGCACCCAAUCCGUCUUGGCCUUGCCCUUAACUUCUCCGUUUUCUACUAUGAAAUCCUCAACUCACCUGAUCAGGCCUGCCAGCUGGCCAAACGCGCAUUUGAUGAGGCCAUUGCAGAGCUCGACACACUGAGUGAAGAUUCGUACAAAGACAGUACACUAAUCAUGCAGCUACUGAGAGACAACUUGACACUGUGGACCUCCGAUAACCAGGUUGAGGGAGAGGAUACAGAGGAACCCAGAGAUUGAGCCAGACCCCCACAGGCAUCCCUGUCUGCCUGCCAUUGUCCCGGCUCAUUUCAUCAUGAUCAUCAACACUGAGACCACCUCACUAUCAUCAUUGUCGUCCAACUCUCUCCAUCUUUUUUCUAUUUAGGUGUCUCAACAUUCAUCUUUCUCCUAUCGGUUUACUGUUUCCUCUUUUGUAGUAACUGUGGGGAAAGGGAAUGGGGAGUGAGGGUAGGUUUUAAAUUGUUUGGUGGGAGGGUCCAUUUGGAAGGGUUAAGUGUAUUUUGGGUUGGUUGCCUGUCUGCUGACCUCUUUGUGUGUGGGAGCAAUAGGGGUGUCGUAAUAUUAGGGUGGUGGGUGAGAGGGCAAGUUCUUGACUCAUGAAACAUGCAGCAGGUUGAGUUUUUAGAGUCAGACAACAGGUUAUACUGUAUGUAUUCUAUUCAUAUUAAUGGUCUUAUUCUUGAUUAGCACCAUUUUUUGAUGACAAACCUGUGGUUUCACAAAAUCAGGAGUUGGUUUCUCACACCUGAGCAAACGGCAGCAGCUAAUCUGUACUAGGCAAGAAGAAUGACAGCUGAGGUAAAGACAGUGGAGGAAGCAGUGGGCAAUGCUGUAGACAGAGGGCAAGGUUUUGUUGGAACACAAAGGUUACAUUCCAUUUACUGUCAGUUGCUCAACUUUCUAUUCUACUUUGUUCUGUUUUUGGGUGAUCUGCUUUUGUAUUUCUAUGUAUCACUUAUGAGGUAUAGAAAACUUUGAAGAACAAAAGAGCACACAAGCUUGUUAUUGUUGCUGUUUUGUAUGAGCACAGCAGUAAAAAAUCCCACAUGCUUAUCUA